AGCGGGGUUAGAAGGUCGUGAUAUCGACGUCACACAAGCAAGCUUUUCAUUGUUGGGGGUCAUAUAGAGCAAUACAGUGUGAGUGGGAAGCAUUUGGUCAGCCUCACAUAAGUGCGCUCAUCGAACAGUGUGGUAUACAAACAGUAUAGCUGCUGCCCGGUACUUCGCCUUUUCUCGCCGAGUAGGGAAUAUCAAAAGCAAUAUUACGCAGAUACCCAUAUGAUUAGAGAGUUUUGUUAACGUCAUCUCUAGCCAAAUUACAUUGGGAACUUAACACUGUGCCGGCGGCAUUAUGUCAUCUAUCAUGAACGGAGAGUCCGGUCUGAAAAUGGAGAAAUUGCCACUCGAGGAAAAACACUCACCACAUAAAAGGGCAGUGGAUGCGGAAAGCGAAGAACAACAACUUGAAGCUCAACGGGAAAUUAGCGAGACUAUUAUUAAUGUUAGUAAGCGGCCAAAUAGCGGAGAAGGUCUUAGAAUUAUUCCGCCGUCGUUUCUCACCGCAUCGGGCUCUGUAGCAGCUAGUAUUUCACAUAAUCACCCAACGUUCGCCGAUGCACUCAACAGUAUAUCUCACAAACCACUUGAUUUAAGUUACCCGAAAUUUAAUUCGCUCCACCCAUAUAGACUGUAUUCACACCCAACACAUAUGCCGGGAUCACACCUAGGUAUACCGCAUUAUCCCUUCGGUGACACAGUGCCGAUGUCAGCGGCAGCAGCGGUAGCAGCCUACGGGUCCUACCCUAUGUAUCACGGUCUGACGGAGUCGUCGAUGAAUUCAUCAAGUAUCAAAUUUCCUUUGAGCUCGUUGUUACGAAAACGACGUAAUAGUGAGUCAUCAUCUCACCAGUCGUCACAGUCAUCCCAAGAUUCACCGCCUGUAAAGUCGAGCGUAUCGGUACCAGAGCUACAGGACGAAUCGAACAAUGAUGAUGACACUGGGUCGUCGAUAAAAAAAGCUCGCUCGGUACCGGAGGAGAAAAAAGACGCCGCAUAUUGGGAGCGACGAAGGAAAAACAACGAUGCUGCAAAAAGAUCACGGGACGCAAGAAGAGCAAAAGAGGAAGAAAUCGCUCUUCGCGCAGCCUUCUUGGAACAAGAAAACAUGAAACUCAGGGCAGAGGUAUCAAUCCUUAAAAACGAACUAGCUAGGCUACACUAUAUGGUAUAUAGUUGUUGAAAACACUAGAUUGCCUCUGAUACCAACCCUUAUAUUUAUUGUGAUAAUUUAUUUUAUAUGAUAUAUAUAUAUAUUUAUUUGAGUUGCGUGUAAGAAAGGACUCGUGGUGCGCCAAUUGAUGUAACACGGUUAUCACAUUGAUGUAUGUUGCAUGCAGUGCCGACCGGAAUCACUGGUCAUGAACUCAUGUUCGAUUCGCACCAAGGCCCGCUAGAACAACACGGGAUUCCAUAUCUUGACUGCCUCGAAACAUAAAUAUAUUUUUUUUUUCAGAAAUUCGUCAGUAAUCACGAACUUUUCGUGCUAGUCACUUUACUGUAAGUUUCCAUUGAAGUUAUUAUCAGUACUGUACAAUUUUUUUUGUUCGUUUAUACCGUACGUUUUACAUGCAAUAUACGACACUCAGUCAUGGUUAAGGCUAGGUCGGCUUCAUGUCGGUAUUAUACUUAUUAUACCUAUAUGGUAUUUUAACACUAUUCAACUGGUAUUGAAUAUUACUGGUCGUUUGUUCCUAUAUCCCGCCGUCGAAAAUCAGAGAUGAUAGUCUCGAGUCCAUGAUUAUUAUUCAGCGUCACAUUUUCUGUUUUCAGCAAUAAGACUAUCUACCUCAAAUUACCGUCUACACGGUACUUUAUUGAUGUGUAUUAUACCUUACCACAUUAUGGUUAAGUUUCUUUUCAAGUCAAUCUAUUCAUGGUGAAAUUUUGGGAAUUAUUUUAUGUAUAUGGAGAUCGCUGGCACGUUGAGCAGUUUUAAUAAAACAUCGUGUUUAUUACUCACUUCUUUUCAAGACGUUUUGUAAAAUAUACCAAAUUACGUAUUUGUUAAAUAAAUAAAUGGGAACAAUU